AUGCCUGGGCUGCCGGCCUCGGUCGACCUAGAUGAAUGCAUCUCCCGGCUAUACAAGAAGGAACUCCUCGCCGAGUCCGUCAUUGAGGCAAUAUGCGCCAAGACGAAAGAACUGCUCAUGAGGGAGAGCAACGUCGUACACGUGCGGGCCCCGGUGACCGUGGUUGGUGACAUUCACGGACAGUUUUACGACCUGAUCGAGAUCUUCAAGAUCGGCGGCUGGUGUCCAGAUACGAACUACCUCUUCCUCGGCGACUACGUCGACCGCGGCAUGUUUAGCGUAGAGACGAUAUCACUCCUCGUAUGCCUCAAGCUGCGCUAUCCGAACCGAGUACACCUGAUCCGGGGCAACCACGAGUCGCGGGGCGUGACACAAUCGUACGGCUUCUACACAGAGUGUUCGCGCAAGUACGGAAAUGCCAACGUAUGGCACUAUUUCACGGACAUGUUCGACUUCCUGACGCUCUCGGUGGUGAUCAACGACCAGAUCUUCUGCGUGCACGGCGGACUCUCGCCCUCGAUCCACUCCAUCGACCAGAUCAAGAUCAUCGACCGGUUCCGCGAGAUCCCGCACGAGGGCCCCAUGGCCGACCUGGUGUGGUCGGACCCGGAUCCGGAGCGCGACGAGUUCUCGCUGUCGCCGCGCGGCGCGGGCUACACAUUUGGCGCGCGCGUUGUCAAGAAGUUCCUCGCGGUCAACGGCAUGAACCACAUCCUGCGCGCGCACCAGCUGUGCCAGGAGGGCUUCCUGGUGCUCUACGACGACCACCUGUCCACGGUCUGGAGCGCCCCGAAUUACUGCUACCGAUGUGGCAAUAUGGCCAGCGUGCUCGAGGUCAGCGAUACGGGCGAACGCAUGUUCAACGUGUUCGCCGCCGCCCCGGAGAACGAUCAGCAUAAAGAGAUACAACCCGGCGGCGAGAAGACGGCCGACGGGAACGCGCUACCGGAUUAUUUUCUGUAG